CUUGACAACCCACGCAGCGUAACGUCACGCACUUCAAUAAGCUCUUCGGUGAAGAUGGCGGAGGCUGCCGCGGCUCCACGACACCGGUAUUUCUGUCAUUGCUGUAAAUGUGAAAUCGAUCCCAAACUCCCGGAGUAUGUGUGUCCCAGAUGUGAAUCUGGUUUCAUUGAAGAGCUUUCGGAGAAUAACAGUCUUCAGAGAGCUGAUGGUACUGGUGCAGGUGAUGAAAUGACCUCACAGUUUUCAGAGCUGUGGCAGCUGCUCUUCAUGGAACGUUCAGCCCUCCUGUCUGACCCCACGGUCACAGAUGUCCUCCGGAGCCGCUCUGGGGUCGAGGCUGCAGUUGGUGAUCCUGCCUCUGGGACAGUGGGACCUGUAGUUUCCACAGAGUCUUCUACAGACUGCACUGAGCCGUCACGCCUCCCUCAACAAAGCAGUCACCAGCGAAACCCAAGACUGGAUCAGGGACAGGCUAUGGAGGGGAUUGUCCAGCAGUUCCUGGCCGGUCUGUUUAGCAAUUCUGACAUUACUGGUUCCCAAACAUCUUCGUGGUAUGUUCUUCUUGCUGUGACCUCCGUAUUCAGUGUACAUGACAUGCAUUUCUCAUUCUCUCUACCUCUCAGGUCGAGCAUGUUACACUCUAACCCUCAAGAUUACGCUUGGGGACAAGGAGGCCUAGAUGUGGUCAUUACACAGUUGCUCGGUCAGACUGAAUGUAGCGGUCCCCCUCCUGCUGAGAAAGAGAUGAUCUCAUCUCUUCCCACCAUUAGCAUCUCCUCAGAGCAGGCUGCAUGCCAGCUGGAAUGCCCUGUGUGUAGAGAAGAGUAUUCUACAGGAGAAUCUGUCCGGCAGUUGCCCUGUCUGCACUGCUAUCACAGCAACUGUAUCGUGCCUUGGCUACAACUGCACGACACCUGUCCCGUCUGCCGGAAAAGUCUGGAUGGUGAGGACUGUGGUUUCCAGCCACCUCCGAGGCCAAACCCCUCAACACCGACCAUAGAGGAACAUAGCACUCUUUAGUGAUGUUUAUUCUCAUCAAUCCAGGACAGAAAGCAACACAAACAGUCAUGAGCACCAUAUUUUGAAAAACAUUUGAAUAUUUGGAGACAGACAUCGAUAUCUGAAUCAAUAGCUGUUUGACCAGCGUUAGUGUAUGUUAAUCAAAUUUGUGAAGUAAAAUAUCUCAAAUGUUUAUGGUCCGACUUGAACAAAUAUGUGAUUAUUUAUUCAUUUUGGGUUGAAGUAAACAUAGACUCUUAGGUCGACCCCCAGGACUGGAGCUGACCAUCACCGAGUUAGAUGAUACAGAGUUAUCUCAGAGGGUACAGUUCAGGUUGCAUAUGCAUAUUUUAUGACAUGUUUACCCUAUAGCUUUUUCAGAGCUUUUACUGCAUCUUAAAAAUGUGAGCACACGGUUCACUUUUCUUCUUCAUCUGCCUCGCACAUGUCUUCACUCUUUUGAAGGUAUCAUAGAAAAGUUUGAACCUAUACACCUGCUCCUAUUCAAACACUGUGAAACAUAUGCAACACUUCUUUGAUCGUGGAGAGUGCCUAUUUAAUAGAAGACUGUGAAAUGUCUUCACUAUUUUGUUGAAUAGAAAGGAAAAUGCUAUUUAUGAUAUUUAUGAAGGGAAACGUAUGAUCUGUAGAAAAGAAUGUAUUACCAUGUGAUGAAGCUGACACUGUUUUUAAAUGUUUUAGAACUAUAUUUUGAUGUUGAUGUCGGUGCUUUUGUCUUCAUGCUCAGGGUUUUGAGUCCCAGAACUUAUGAAAGGCCUUUUGUAUAAUUUGUGUGGUAUUAAACGUUAUAGAAUGUAAAAUGUUUACAUAAAUAAAACAAAAAGGGAC